CAGCCGGGUGUUGGGACGCCGAGUCUGAGGCGCACGGCAGAGCACGAUGGCCGCGUGGGGCGAGCGGCUGGCCGGCGUGCGCGGGGUGCUGCUCGACAUUUCGGGCGUGCUGUACGAUGGCGGUGAGGACGGCGGCACGCCGAUCCCUGGCUCCGUGGAGGCGGUGGCGAGACUGAAGCUCUCGAAGCUGAAGGUGAGGUUCUGCACCAAUGAUUCGCAGAAGUCCCGGAGAGACCUGGUGGGGCUGCUUCAACGCCAGGGCUUCGACAUUUCCGAGGGCGAGGUCACCUCCCCGGCCCCAGCCACCUCCCUGAUCCUGAAGGAGCGAGGCCUGCGGCCACACCUGCUUAUUCAUGACGGAGUCCGCUCAGAAUUUGAUCAGAUCGACACGUCCAACCCCAACUGUGUGGUCAUUGCAGAUGCCGGAGAAGGCUUUUCUUACCAAAACAUGAAUAAAGCCUUCCGGGUGCUCAUGGAUCUGGAAAAGCCUGUGCUCAUCUCUCUGGGAAAAGGACGCUACUACAAGGAGACCUCGGGCCUGAUGCUGGACGUUGGUGCCUACAUGAAGGCGCUCGAGUACGCCUGUGGAAUCGAAGCCCAAGUGGUGGGGAAACCUUCUCCUGAGUACUUCCAGUUGGCCCUGAAGGAGAUGGGGGUGGAAGCCCACGAGGCCAUCAUGAUUGGAGAUGACAUCGUGGGAGAUAUUGGUGGUGCCCAGCGGUGUGGAAUGAGAGCCCUGCAGGUGCGGACGGGAAAGUUCAGGCCGAGUGACGAGCAGCAUCCAGAAGUGACGGCUGACGGGUAUGUGGACAACCUGGCAGAGGCCGUGAACCUGCUGCUGCAGCACGCCAUCAAGUGAUGAGCCUUGUGGGGCGGCCCCCAGCCUCGCACCUCCCCCC